AUUCUGUGCAAAAUGGGCAUGGCCCUUUAAAUUAUUUUGCCCAGUCAUCUCCUCUGUUAAAAAAUUACCUACCUCCACAGUAAAAGAUGCAAACAAUGAAGCCUGAAGCUGAACUAUGAGCUGCUUUCUCACAUCUUCACGAGUAGCUGACAAAUACUGAGGCCUCUUGAAUAACAAGAACAGAUGAGAUACAGAGCCCAGAAGAAUCGAGUUGUGUUCCAGCUCACACACAUCUAUUCCAUCUGCCUACUGAGACUUACUUCUUCUAUUUGGACCAGACUCCAUUGCCAACAGGAACUCUACUGAACUCACACAGAGAUGAAUGCAAAACAUAUAACAUAUGCAGAGGUGAAACAUCAUCCUUCCAAGAAGCAGAUGCAAAAAGAAAAGAUAAAAGAGCAGCUUAUUUACUCAGAAGUGAAAACAUGUACUUUGAACUCCAAUCCGACAAAGAUAACGAGAACUGAACCAUCUAAAGCAAAAGGGUCUUCGGUUCCACUUGCCUGGUGUCUCACUGUAGUGAUUCUUGGAAUCUUUUGUGUUUGUCUUCUUUUAACAACUGGAGUCUUGGGAUAUAGGGUUUUCCAGGGUCGUCAGACGGACCUACCAAAGAAUACUCCAUGGGACAAUGUAACACAAGAAGACAAUUCCACAUUUAAAAACACGGCAGUCAAAGAGGAACCUCUUAACAGAGGAAGUGAAAGUAGCACAUGUGAAACUAAAUGGUCAUGUUGUGGAAAGAAAUGUUAUCAUUUUUCACAUGAUUUGAAGAACUUCGAAGAGAGUAAGAAGGUUUGCAAGAAAAUGGACUCCACUCUUCUUAAGAUAGAAGAUGAGAAAGAGCUGCAUUUCAUUCAAAGUCAGCUGUCCUAUUUCUCUUGGAUUGGACUGUCCCGUAAAGGAACCAGGAGCUCUUGGACAUGGGAGGAUAACUCACCACCUUUGCUCAAUGUUGAUUGGAAUGAAUCAAAGAAUGGAAACUGUGGCAGUCUAACAGCAACAAGGAUGGCUGCUUCUGACUGUUCCAGAUUCAUGUACUAUAUUUGUGAGAAGAAAAUGGCUCAUCUUGCUACCUAUCGAGAACAACAAAACAAAAGACAAAUAUGAUAAUUUUUCUUCAUAAAAGCCCACACCUUUGGAAGUUCUGGAGUUUCUCUCUCAUUUCAGAAUAUCUUCACUGUUUCUAUAGGCUGUAUGUAUUUGUAGUCUCUGACUGAGAUGAGGCUUGGAUGUUGGGCGCAUCAGAAUGAGGUACCUCAGACCUACCAUUUCUGCUCCUUUCACAUGAUUACUGCCAAAUCACACCAGACAUGAGCACUGGUUGGUUAAGAGAGUAUCAGUGCUUCCUAUGAGCAGUAGGAAGCAGAGGUCUGUAUAUAUUCUUUCUGCAACUCACACAGAUUUAGUAAGUAUUCCUGCAAACUUCAGUCACUAUCAUGCACAUUUGUGGUCAAAAUUAAUGCCGACAGUAAUUAAAGUCAUUAUUAUGUAGGAAAUGUAUAUAUAUUUCUGCUUAAUUUCUUACUUUUUAGGAGGACAAUAUUGUAUGACAAAGAGAAUAGUAUCUUGAAUCAGAUCUGAGUUUAAGACCUGCGCCACAACUAAUAGCUACGUGCUCUCUGGCAAGUCCAAACUUCUGAGUUUUCAUAUCAGUAGGUAAACUAUCAAACUGCUCUGCAGUGGCUGUACCAUUUUGCAUUAAAUCAGCAGUGUAUGCAAGUUUCUUCCAACAUUUAAUAUUGUCAGUCUUUAAAACCAUUUUAAUAAAGGUAUAGUGUACUUGAUUUUAACUUGCAGUUCCCUUAUAAAUCAAUGAUGUUUACCAUCUUUCCAUGUGGUUUUUUUGUCAACCGUAAGUCUCCUAUGAUAGGGUAGCCGCUCCUGACGCAGGAAGGGUUCAUAAUCCCUGGAAAAGGCUUGCCAACAAACUGUGACCCAGAGGUGAGAAGGCCAGUUAGCCAAUGACGGGUAAGACCUCCAGGGGGAGGCAACCUAAGUGAGGCAUUGGUCGGCCAGGGGCACAGAUGAUAUCGGGACCAGGAGGGGCCGUUGCCUAGGAGGACUUGCAUGCUCCGAGAUAAAAUAUACGAGCACAGCAAUAACAUGAUAAUAUCA